AAUCACGUAAGACUGGAAGAACACCGAUGGGGGGGAAAAACAUGCAACACGCAGCUCUUUUAACAUAAAAGGAACUCGUUCCUCUUUUCUCUACAACCGGAUUGAAUCACCGGUCUGUACCUGGUUGUAAAGUCGAUCUCUCUUUGUAGUUUUUGGGGUUUUUUUUGGGGGGGUGACACAUACGAAGAUGGAGGAGUGGAUCAUGAGCGUCGGUACUCUGAGUGAUCAAGUCCUGGAUAGGCUGUCACAGAUGCUGGACAAUCCGACCCGCGGGUGGAGGCAGCUGGCCGAUGCUUUUUCCGAGCAGCCGAUAUUCCGCUGCAGUGAGAGCGAGCUGACCAGCUGCUCUCUACAGGUGCUCAGUGCUGCAGGCAGCCCGGGACGCGCCCUCCUGGCUCGGCUGGCUGACCGUUCCUGCUCCCUAGACUUCCUGGUCCGCUGCCUGAGGAAGAUGGACCACCAGGAAGCUGUGCAGUACCUUACCACCACAUUGGCAGAGCUUAUCCGGAUCACAGUGCAGCCACAGACCCAGCAGGUCACAGCGGGGGGCAGGGUGGUGUUGACCUGCAGAGCCUCCGGUCCCCCUGGACUUGGCUACCAGUGGUUCAGAGGCAAAGAGGAGAUUUUGGAUGAGACAGGGAGUUCACCAGAGCUGGUUCUGUGUCCUUCAGUCCCGGCCCACCAGGGUCCCUAUAUCUGUCGAGUCCACCAUGGAGGGAACUUUAUCUUCUCCCAGUGGGCUCAUGUUCGCUUCGUCCAGACUGCAGGUCCUAGUCCAGGUUGCAGCAGCACUCUGUUUCCAGGGUCAGCGAGUGGGCUGCGUAUCAUUCAUCAGCCUCAGUCCAAAGCAGUGUCUGAGGGCGACUCUCUGCUCCUGGAGUGCAAUGCAGAGGCCAACCCGCCUGUGCAGUACGAGUGGUACCACAACAUGUUGCCCAUGACACAGCAAAAGACACGUUCACUCAAGAUCCCGUGUGUGACCACAGCACACAGAGGACAGUACAGGUGCAAGGUGUUCAAUUUGUAUCAUGAGACCUGGAGCGACACAGCAAAGAUCACCAUCGGCCCCAGUUCCAUCACUGAUGCAUCCUGGGUUGAAGUUGAUCGUGGUCUAGACUCAAAGGAAGUCCACAGGUCAAACUACGGACUAGGAAUACGUCAGCUACAACAGACGGUCAACCCGCCCUCAUCAGUCAAGAAUUUCUAUGCCACAGACAAAGUUGCUCUCCUGAUUGGCAAUAUGAACUACCUCUACCACACUCAGCUGUGUGCUCCCAUCGCUGACGUCCACGAGUUGACCAACCUACUCAGACAAAUGGACUUCAAGGUGGUUUCCCUGCUCGACCUCAACUGGCAGGAGAUGCACAGCGCUGUUACAGAGUUCCUCUUGCUGCUUGACAAGGGAGUCUAUGGCUUGCUAUACUUUGCUGGUCAUGGUUAUGAGAAUUACGGCAAUAGUUUCAUGGUUCCCAUUGAUGCGCCAACCUCCUACACAUCCAAGCACUGUUUGUGUGUACAGAAUAUACUUACGAGGAUGCAGAAGAAACAGACCGGACUAAAUGUAUUGCUGCUAGACAUGUGCCGCAAAAGAAACCUAUAUGAUGAUGUCAUCGUACGACCAGGACUGCUCAAGGUGACAGCAAACAUAGUGUUUGGAUAUGCCACAUGCGUAGACGCUGAAGCAUACGAAGUGAAGAGGGAAGACGUUUCAAAUGGCAUCUUCAUAAGCUUCCUCAAGCGGCGAGUCUGUGAAGAUGAGAAGGUCACUGUCAUGCUAGACAGAGUGGCUGAAGACAUGGGGCGCUGUGACAUCACUCGAGGGAGACAGGCUCUGGAGCUACGCAGUAAUCUGUCAGAACGACGUUCCCUCACCGACCAGAUACAAACCGCUGAGUGUUCUGCAUCCCAUUCAGCCCGAAACCUGCAGUGGGCUGUUGCUCACGUCCUACCAAAGAGCCUCUGCCUCCAGUUUGACUGUGGAGUGAAGGUUCAGCUUGGAUUUGCUGCAGAGUUCUCCAACGUCAUGGUCAUCUACACUCGGAUACUUGAGAAGCCGAAAGAAAUAGUUUCCUGCUCUGCUCAGCUUACUGACUUCCCUGGGGAUGUGGACAUUGAUUUGAAGAAGAGUAACCAGGAUACUCUGCUUGAAGCCGGCAGUUUGUUAUUGAUCAAAGAAAAUCUUCCUUCACCAGAAGUCCCAAGUCUGUACACACGAAUCCGAUGUCUGCAGAGACUCAGGACGGAGCUCACAUUCACCACCUGCCUUCAUUACACCUAUUCCAACAUGGAUAACGAGGUAGAGGAAAGGAAACCAGUGACAGUUGGUAAACCACUGGUCUCCAAACUCAACCUGCAUGACCCACGACCGCCUCAAGCCAGCUCUGCCUCCUCAUCCUUCAGCCUCGACUCCUUCAACGUUCCUGAGAGCUCCUCCUGUGCCUCUGUUGGUUCAGCCUCAGAUGCAUGGUCAUAUCAUGCACAAUCUGAUCCCUCGACAGCUUCAUCCAGAAGUGCCAAUAUUCCAGAGGAGACUGACGGUGAAUUCUUUGAUGCCCCUCAACCACUUGUUACCAGCAAAAGCCUGCCCCACAACCAAAUAAAUGACACAACUUACAAAUUUAGUGACAUGUACCAUUUCCAUUCCCACUAAGCAUUAUGAAACUUAUGAUUAACGCAUAACACACUGAUAAAUCAGCAGUACAAAAAGGUGAAUAGAUGGUGAGAAGAAGCCUGUGAAUGUUCUGUUUCAGUCAAGCUGACUAGAGACUCAGAUUAUUGUUUGUGACCAAUUUAACUAUUAUUUUUGUAAUGUUUUAUGCAUACUUUUUUUACCCAAGAAUUUGAUACAUUAUAAUGCAUUGAAAAAGUAAACACACUGCAAAACAAUUUCUUUAUAUGUUUUAUUUGUAAGAAAGAAGGAAUAAAAGCAUAUCUGUUUAAGAUGAAAUGUAUAAACUGUUGUAUGCUUCAGCUUUUUGUAACUUGCAUUACAUCUCACGUGCAUUCGUACACCAGUUAAAAAAUAGUUCGUUGACAUCACUGUACAGUACCAGUCAAAAGUUUGGACACACCUUCUCAUUCAUCUACU